GCUCUAGGUCUAGGAGACACACCCAAAUUAAUUCAAUCCUUAUAGCUGACUGGUGGCUGCUCUGAUUCCAGUGCAAAGCUGUAGGGAGUAGGUUUGGUUAUAUAGUGAAAUUUGCAAUGAUGAAUUCUGAGAAUUGCUCUGCUUUGGCUAGUGAUGUUAAUGCAAAUACAACGUUAAAAGCCAUUGAUGAAACAUCUCAAGAGAACUCAGGAGAGGAAAGCUUCUCUGAAGCAGCACAUGAAUUUCAAGAACUUCCAUUCUUCAAAGAAGACAUUUUGACUGUGUUUGAAAUCAAAGCUGAGUUAAGUAAUAAAAGAAACCAGGGAAAAAAAUCAUGGAAAAGGAAAAGAUAUUUUGGAAGAGAUAAAUGUGCACAUCGCAAACAAAAAGCUAAUACCUCUACACUGACAGCAGUUCAGAAGAGAGAUGAUGCUCCUGAGAACGCCGAGAAGGACUAUCAAGAGGAUCUGGACAACAGAAGUAAAGGCAAUCAAUUUAUACCAUCAAAGGCACAAGAAAAAUGUGACUCGGAAAUCCACCAAGCAGCGGAAAACCUGCAACAAACAAAUGUUAUCUCUCCAGGAUUCCAAACCAAUAUCCACAAUUCUGAAAAAGAAAAGUUAGCCCCUGAACAUAAAGCUAUAUGUGAUUCAGUGGAGCAGAUGGAGAUAAGGGAUUCAAAAAUGAAAACCACAGAGGCAGUAGAGAGAGACCAGACAUCACCAGAAAACCAGCAAAAUUCAGAUUGUAAAAGAAGGCCUCGUCCAAACUACUUUGUUGCCAUUCCAGUCACCAAUGAUCAGAUAUUAGAUUUGAUUGAAGAUCUUCAAGAACACAUAUUUUUAAAGGCACCUAAACUACUAAAGGCCCUAAUACCAUCGGAACGAGUACACCUCACAAUUUUAGUAGCACAUCUGAAAGGUGAAGAAGAAGUGAGAAGGGCUGUCUCCGCAUUACAGCAAAGUAAGGAAAAAGUAGAGAAGCUGCUGCAAGGUGAAACACUAAGACUAACACUUCAUGGUAUCGGACAGUUCAAAGACCAAGUUAUUUACAUAAAGAUUACAGAGAAUGCACAAGAACUGCUCUGCAGAAUUGCAGAAGCUGUGACAGAAAGUUUCAUGCAUAUGGGUGUGGAUAUUUCCGGAAGCAAAGAUUUUAAUCCACACUUAACUUUUUUGAAGCUCACAAAGGCUCCAUUCCUACGGAGAAAGGGCUUCAAGAGAAUUUGCAGUGAUCUAUAUAAAGAAUAUGAAGACUGCUGUUUUGGAACUGAAAUAUUUAGUAGAAUUGAUCUCUGUUCAAUGCAAAAAAAGAACAACUUGUCUGGCUAUUAUUAUUGUGAAAGCUCAAUAAUUAUAGAAGCAAUAAAACCUCAGGAGGUGAGGAGCUCCACCUCAAAGCCAAAGGAAGAGGCUUAUGAAACAUUGAAAGACAUAGAGGUUCCUACAAGCUGCAGCAGCACUUCUUCCUUGGGAAAAGAUGCUGACAAGAUAAGUUCAGACAUUACUGAUGCAGCAGCCGUAAGUAAAGUGGAAGGAAUCAAAGAAAACGAUGGACAGCCUGAAGCAGCAAACACUUUGCUAGGAGAGAAAUCCUAUGUGCAGUCAACACCUGAUCUAUUUCCAGCAGAAACAAUGGCAUCAACAGCUGCGGACCGCGGACCUGAAAUAAAAAACUGACAUUUACAAAUUUUCUGCCAAAGAAAUGUCUGCAUGGCUUAAGAAAACACUGUGAUCAAAAUGAAAUUAGGCAUUUGUCUGCAAGUGUAUUCAAUGUUUAAUGGUACAGGGCCAAAUAAUGAGACAAUACCAGGAGAUGCAUUACUGAGGUUAGAGAGGAAUGUACACUGUCAAGUGCAAUAACAAUCUCAACAGUCUACAAAGCUCCCUGAAGGAUCACACAGCCAGAUGGCUAGUUUUCUUCAUCAAAUCUCAUCUUAAAGAUAACCUAAAAGAACCUUGUUAAAAUCAGAGCUCUAUAGUAAAAAGUGAGCCAAGUUAAACCAAAAAAAAAAUUAAUUCAAGAAGAAUUUUUUUUUUUAAAGUCUGGAUUAUGUUUAUGUACAUGGACACUUGGAAAAUGUUGGCAUCUAUUGGCUUUUCCAGUAUCAAGAAGAGACUGAAAAGGCAGUAACUGAUGCCACCACCGGCUAGAGACUAAAAGGCAGUGACUAUUGCCACCACUAGCUAGAAAAUAAAAUAGCAGUAACUGAUGCCACCACCGGCUAGAGACUAAAAGGCGGUGACUAUUGCCACCACCAACUAGAAAAUAAAAUGGCAGUACCUGAUGCCACCACCGGCUAGAGACUGAAAAUACAGUAACUAAUGCCACCACCGGCUAGAGACUAAAAGGCAGUAACUGAUGCCACCACCGGCUAGAGACUGAAAAUACAGUAACUGAUGCCACCACCGGCUAGAGACUAAAUGGCAGCAACUGAUGCCACCACCGGCUAGAAAAUGAAACUGCAGUACCUGAUGCCACCACCGGCUAGAGACUGAAAAUGCAGUAACUGAUGCCACCACCAGCUAGAGACUAAAAGGCAGUAACUGAUGCCACCACCGGCUAGAGACUGAAAAUACAGUAACUGAUGCCACCACCGGCUAGAGACUAAAUGGCAGCAACUGAUGCCACCACCGGCUAGAAAAUAAAAUGGCAGUACCUGAUGCCACCACCAGCUAGAGACUGAAAAUACAGUAACUGAUGCCACCACCGGCUAGAGACUAAAAGGCAGUAACUGAUGCCACCACCGGCUAGAGACUAAAUGGCAGCAACUGAUGCCACCACCGGCUAGAGACUAAAAAGUAGUAACUGAUGCCACCACUGGCUAGAAAAUGAAACCGCAGUACCUGAUGCCACCACCGGCUAGAGACUGAAAAUGCAGUAACUGAUGCCACCACCGGCUAGAGAUUAAAAGGCAGUAACUGAUGCCACCACCGGCUAAUGACUAAAUGGCAGCAACUGAUGCCACCACCGGCUAGAGACUAAAAAGUAG